GCAGGACCUGCCAUUUCCAGAGGCGGGCAGGGGGGUCGGGCCGCAGCAGCGGCUCUCCGGCAGGCCCUGCCCACCGUGUGGAGACAGGCCCGCUCUUUCCCCGCCCCCUGCCAGCGAGGGCUCAGUUCCCUUGGUAGCGACCGCAGUAGCGGCGGGAAUAACGGGCAGAGCCCGAGGCACCUCCAGGAUGUCGCGGCCGCCUCGGCGCGCCGUGCAGCUGGCGCCGAGCUCUCUGGCCCUGGUGUUGCGCCGCCUGCAGCAGUACCAGCAGCACGAGGAGGAGGGAGAAGCGGCGGCAGCGGCGGCUGCCCCGGGCGAGCCCGAGGCGGAGAGCUGCGGCGACGAGGCGAGCGGCGCGGCCGUCUUCCAGGCGUUCCGGCGCGCCAACGCCGCCUGCUACUGGAACGGCGGGCUGGCGCGCGCCGUGUCGCGGGUGUGGCUGCAGGGCUGGCUGCGGGGCGGCGUGCUCUUGCUGCAGGGCCCCGCCGCCCCGUUGCAGCUCCUCCGCGACGCCUGGCUUCGUAGGGCGCUGCGCCCGCCCAAGGGCUUCCUCAUCAGGGCUGUGGGUGAUGUAUCGCCAGUGCACAUGAAUCCCAUUUCACAGUCCCAGUUCGUUCCUUUGGCAGAAGUCUUGUGUUGUGCUAUAUCUGAUAUGAAUGCAGCUCAAAUUACCGUUACACAGGAAACCUUACUGGAUCAGCUGGGGAAACAUUACCCAGGUAUUGCAACUCCCACACAUGAUAUUCUAUAUAGUACACUUGGGAUGCUAAUUAAAGAACGGAAGAUAUAUCACACUGGGGAAGGAUAUUUCAUAGUGACCCCAAAUACAUAUUUUAUCUGUAAUAAUGCUAUGAAAAACAACAAGAGGGUCCUUUUUGAAGAUAAUUGCCCUCAAGAACCUUCUGUUACAUACCUUGUAAGCGUGGAAGAUGCUGCAGAACUUCUACAAAAUAAUUUCCCUAUUGCAUCCCAUUGCAGAUCCUGCCAUUGUUUCCCUGGGCAGACUGCAGUCAAUGAGCAACAUGUCAGCCCUCAGCCUAAUGGGAAAAGUCAAAAAGGGUCUUGUGAAUCCAGAUUUUCAGUUCAGAAUCAGGCCACCAAUACACUUGUUGAGAACCGUUCUUGUGGAGCUGCUCACUAUAUGCAGUCAGGGAAAGAGAAGGAGAAGAUUAAGAAGUUUGGUCUUAGCCUUUUCUGGCGCAACACUUCCAAGAAAGAAAAACCAAAAAAAGUGCACACUUCAUUUUCCGCCCAGUUUCCUCCUGAAGAAUGGCCAGUCAGGGAUGAAGACAAUUUGGAUAAUAUCCCACGUGAUGUUGAACAUGAAAUUAUCAAACGCAUCAACCCUGUGCUGACUGUCGACAACUUAACCAAGCACACUGCGUUGAUGCAGAAAAUAGAGGAGCAGAAAAAAUAUAUCAGUAAAGGAACCUCUACAGAAGUGUUGACAAUGAAGCACAAACACCUUCCCAAAGGGUUCACUCAGAAAAAACAAAAUAAAGCUGCAAAGUAUCGCAGGAAACUGCAGUCCAACAAAGAAAAGCAUGUUAAUAAGUCAACAAGGGAGUUUAAAAGUGAUGACCAGAUACCAGCUAAUAGCAAACUGGAAAACUGUAUUGAACAUCCAUCAUCUUGUAUCACAAAUGAAACUAUAGUUUGCAACCAGCAGUUGUGUGAGGAUGCAAUCAAUGUUGAAUCUCACUUUAUAUACAAAAAAGAAGUUACUAAUCCAUUUAAAGAUAUUUCUUGUAAAGGGAAUAGGUCAGCGAAAGGACAUAGGAGUCAGAAAAACUAUGAUGUAAAAUUCGGAGCUCCAAGAUCAGAGAAGAAUUUCCCACAGUCCUGGUCUCUGGAUUCCUCAAGAACUGUGGACUGUAAAGCUAAGCAGUCAGCCAGCAUCAAAUGUGAUGCUGAAGACGACAAAAUGAAACAGUUAAAUUACCUACAAUGCAAGGUUUUACAAAAAGAAGUCAAAUAUAGUUGUCUGGAGGAAAGUGCAGCUUGCAAAGGUAAUUUGCAUAGAAGGGCAACCCCAAAAAGCAUGGAGAUGCAGGCAGUGUCUAACACUUCUGCUGCAUUUGUGGAUGAAGCAGUAGUGGAGAAAAUGCAUCCUCAGAACUCCAGUCAAACUCACCAGUGUGAUCAAACUGGCUUGCUGGGUCAAACAGCACACCAACUAACUGAUACCCAUCUUCCCAGUGAGGCAGAUGCUCAACAAUUUAAACAAUCUGAAAAUAUUGUUGCUCACAGACAAAAUGACAAUUUAAAGAGUGAGUGUACUAACAUGAACAAAUGGCUUGAGUCUGUUAACCCACAAAAUGAAAGAUUCACUUAUGAUAAUCCGACUCCGUAUCAAGAAUUGGAUGAUGCCAACACUUGUAGUUCUCUAUAUCAUGGAGAUGAAGAGCAACAUGAUGUGGAUUUGUCCAAGCUGCAAUCCAGCCAACUCCCAUAUAAUUCUUCAGAUACAGGGAAGUGGAACAGCAUAGAACAAGAACUGGGCUCAACUGUGUUGGGAAAUGGAAGUGUUAAUUCUCACUUCUCAAGGUACAGAAUUGAUACAGACGGGGUUGGUCCCUGUGAGUGUGAAGAAAAUGAAUUCCUUGGUUUUUCUAGAUCUAAGGAUAGCUUAAAAGAGUAUCAGAAGAUGAGCCUAGGAGGAGGAAGUUGUGUGUGCCACCAGCUAUCUCAGUUUGCCUACAAAAGCAAUGAAGAGCGAGAGGAUGUUUAUGAACAUGGGCAGACACCUGAUACGGCUGAACCCUGUUUGUUUGAUUUCUAUGAUGUGCAUGAGGCAGAGACCAGAGUUUGGCAGAAGUCAGUAAAUGAAGUGGGUGGAAAAUUAGCAUCCUUGAUGCUGCCACCAAAAGGCUGGGAAAUUAAGACAAAUGAUACGAGAAAGCAACAGUUGUUGGAUAAAACUGAUGCUGCAGUUCUAGAUCAGUGUGUCCAGUAUGAGCAAAACCACUUGGAAGGGACGGGAAACCACAGCAUAACAGGAGACAGCGGGAUAGAUUCUCCAAGAACACAAAGUCUGGCAUCUGCGAAUUCUGCCAUCUUAGAUGGACUGAAGAAAAGACGAAGUUUUCUCAUGAACUUGGAAGGCAUAGAGAAGACUAUACAUAAUGGAAAGACUCUGACACGAAGCUCCUUGCUUCAGUUGACUCCAGUCAUGAACGUUUAAUUUUUCUUACCAGGUUUUGAUAAUUCCUUUGUAAAUAUGUUAAUAUACUUACUGUAAAUUCUUUGAACUGUCAUAUACAUUAAAGUAGGUAAGAUCAUUAUAUUCUCGUAAUAAGAUGUAUUAAAACUUUGUAAUAAGAAUUUUUUCCAGUGACUUUUUCUAAUGUUUUAUUUCUAGUAAUAAAUUAUAUUGCAGAA